AGGGGCAGCGAAAGACCUGCGGUACCUUGGCGGUAGAGGUGGAGAUGGAUGCAGCGGCGAGGGAACCCAGCUUCCUUUUUUAAGAAUCAGUGUGAGCAACGGAGCAGAGCCACGUUAUUUUAGGGAGACUGCCGCACUCCUCCUCCCCCGGGUUAGGUAGCGUCUGGGAUGUGUGCACCCUGUUCGUAGUCCCCCAUGGAGAGACGCUGGCUGCUGCAGCCGGCAGUAACCCGACCCUGCCGGCGCAGGGACUGAAGAGGCGCCGGGGAGAGCAGCGAGGGGUGAACAAAAGCCCUCGGCGUGGGGGCCGGAGCUCAGACCUGGGGGACUCCAACAAAGGACGAGACUCAGCUAUGGUGGACCCGGUGCCAGAAGAGGAGAAAGAGGGAGCGGGGCCCGGUGGCACAGAAGGGGAUGAGGCCACAGCGUCCGUGCCCCCCGAUGCCCAGGGAGCCCAACAGCCUGCAGCCUCCUCGGCCUCCGCCUCCGGGGCGGCGCCCCACAAAGCCGAAGUCCCCUGCGGGGCGGAAGGUGGGCGUCGGGAACAGUCCCCGCUGCUGCACCUGGAUCUCUUCAACUUCGCUUGCCCCGAGGCAGAGGGCAGCCGCUACGUCCUGACCAGCCCCCGCUCGCUGGAGGCCUGUGCCCGCUGUGCGGUCAAGCCAGUGGAGCUGCUGCCUCGGGCCCUGGCUGACCUGGUGCGCGAGGCCCCGGGCCGAUCCAUGCGAGUGGCCACUGGUCUGUACGAGGCCUACGAGAAGGAGCGGCUCGCCAAACUGCAGCAGUGCCGUGCAGAGCGCGAGCGCAUCAUGCGCGAGGAGAAGCGGCGCCUGUUCACGCCCAAGGGCCCGACGGCAGCCCCGGCCUCCUCCUCCUCCGGAUCCUCGGCCUCAGCCUCGGCGCUGAGCGCGGGCAGCAGCAGCAGCUGCAGCAGCAGCAGCCUCCCGGCCUCGCCCGCAUCCAGGGUUGCUCGAAGGACUUCUCCCAGUCCACCCGCCAGGACCCGACCUCCGGCCACGGGUUCUCGGACAGGUAGGAAGAGUCACUCGCUGGACUCGCUGUCCCGCCGGCGGGACGGUGCCCUGAGCUCCGAGUCCGGUGCCUCGUCAUCGUCCUACAGCGGGGAGAGCCUUCGCUGGCCACCUCGAGCUUCAGCCAGAAACAGCUGCCCCGCGGGCUCUGCGUCGUCUGCACCCAACCCGUUGGGUCGCCCUUCUGCCCUCGAUCUGGUCCCACUCACUGCCCGCAGCUUCAGCCUCGGCGACCUGAGCCACUCGCCGCAGACGGCUCAGCAUGUGGAGCGCAUCGUGCGCCAAGUGCGCGCCGAGCGAGGCCUACGCGGGGUACCCGAGCGCGACCGCAAGAUCGCCGCCCUCAUGCUGGCCCGACACCAGGAGGAGCGCCUGUUGCUGGAGCAGCGCGCCGCGGCCCACGGCCAGUGGGAGCAACAGCGCUUGCGCGCCGAGCAGCGGCGGGAGCGCGAGGAACGCGAGAAGCAGCGCGCGCUCGAGCAGGGCCGCCGAGCCUGGGCGGCGCAGGUGGAGGAGCGGCGGGGCCGCCGGGGCCGGGAGGAACGUGAGGCCGCGCGGAGGCGGCAGCAGCAGUGUGAGCGCAGCGAGGAGCGGCGGCGGGAGCUGGCGGAGCGCCAGGGCCUGCUGCGGCGGGAGAGGGCGGAACGCGCGGCGCGCGACGACCGGCUGCGCAAACUGCAGCAGGAGCAGAACCUGAAGCAGCGGGAGGAGGGCCUGCAGGAAGGGCGAGAGCGCGCAGAGCUGGUCCGCAGGGAGCGCGCCCAGCGCGCGGCGCGGGCCAAGCAGAGACAGGAGGGUCAGCUGCAACGGGAGAAGCGCGAGCUGAGCCGGGCCGAGCGGGCGCGCCACGAGGCGCUGCUUCGAGGCCGAGUGCGGCAGCAGCGCGAGGAGCGGGAGGGCCUGCGGAGCUCCCUGGAGGCUAGUUUGGGCCGCGCGCAGGAGAACUACGAGCAGUUGCUGGAGCAGCGCGCCCGGGAGCUUCGGGAACGAGCCCGGAAGGAGGAGCUGCAGGGGCGGCGUGCUAAGGAAGCGGCGGAACGCAAAGAGCGGGAGCAUCAGGCGCACUUGGAGGCGCUGGCCCGGGCCGGAGAGCGACGGCUGCAGCACGCGGCGCAGGUGGCGGAAGAGGCGGUGCAGCAGAAAGCCCGGCGCGUGGUUCAGACUCGCCUGGAGAAGGAGAGGACCCAGCGCGCCAACAAGGAGAAGGUGGAGCGAGAUGAAGACUGCCGCCGUAGGGAGCUGCUGCAGGCCAUUGGACGCAAACUGGAGCGCAGCGAGCAGCUCUCUCGAGAAAGGCGAAGCGCGCUGGAGAGCGCUCGCUCCACUGCCCGGGCCUCCUUCCACGUGCGGGAGAAGGUGCGGGAGGAGACCAACACGCGGUCUUUUGAUCGCAUGGUGCGAGAGGCCCAGCUACAUGCCAGCCUGGACCGCAAAUGACAGCUGCCCUGUGCAGGCCAUACUGCCUUAGAGAGCCAGGUGGGGCCUCCCUUAGCCACUUCGACCAAACUCCAGGCAUCUCCAGGCCUGGUGCCACACCAUGAACUCCCCAGACUAGUGAACCACGAGACAACGAGAAACCAGACGUGGUACUUUUCCGUCUGCCACCGUUGCUUUACAGACUUAACUUCGUUUGGAAAUGACAUGGCACAAUUUACCCACAUCCACCUUUGUCUUUGGAUUGGAAUAGAAAACAGCUGGGGAGGGGGGAGGGUCCUCCUAGGAGAGAGCACAGAGGUGAAUGUCGGGGUUUUCUGCCACAGCUGCCUUGGGCAUCUUUCUGACAUUUGUGUCCAAGACGACUUUCAGUUGCAGCAGCCGAGGGGAUAGCGCCCAGACUCACCUCUGUCUUCCAAAAUACAAGUUGCACAGAACUUAAAGUCUCCCAAGAAAGCACAGCUCUUCAAAGAUGUUAGUUCAUGCACAAAUGGCCACAAAAGCUAUUAGUUUUGAGCGUGGGACUACUAACUGGACACCUGAACAAAUUCUCCUGUUCCCAUGAUUUUUUUCUCAAUUGAGUCCCUAAGCUUUCUAGUUAGACAAUCAUCUGCAGAUAAUAAUCAUUUACUCUCCCACGUGGCAUAAGAGAUGGGUUGGAUUGGUGGUGAUGGCUGUUUAGUGUUAAUGGAAACCCUCCAUCCUUCACCUCCCCGGAGGUAGUGGUUUCCCCAGGCAACAGUGUUCCACCCCAUGAGGCUUCCAUGGAUGGUGAUGCGUUUCAGUGGUGGCAGUGUCUGAUGUCCACUUCCCUGUGUGGGGCCAGCUCCUGCAGACAGAAGCUGUUGCCUUACAAAGCAGAGCUACCUUCUGUGCCUGCCCAGGCCACUCUUGCCUAAAGCUCCAGCCUUGAAGAGUCUGGAGUGUGUAGGCGUCCUCCUGUGAAACAGUCAGUUCAGUGCCCCGAGGACAGGCUAGGGUCCUUGGCUGCUUGGCUGUGGUGGCUGAAGGGCUGAAACUGCCUCUGUGAUGAAAUAGGCUAUUGUUGGUAGGGUAUCACUCUUCCCUAGUGGGGGAAAGGAGUCUUCCCUCUUUAGAUUCCUGGGACCCUCUCAACGUAUACCUGAAGUAUUUAAUCAAUCUCUUGGUGCCUCCCCUUCCCCAUCUGCCAGAUGGGGCCAUCAGAACUCUUCUGGUACCUCAAGAUCUCCUGGAUCCAAAGCACCACUUGAGUGGUAUAUGUUGGUCUCCUUUGUGCCUUUCUUGACCUGGAGUUGGGAGGCAGGAGGACUGCUAUUAGUCUAGUUUGUUUCUGGUAAUCUGGAUCCCUGGCAUUAGACAGGGCAGUUCAUCACAGAGAGAUGGUCAUUUAGUGUCUGAGGGGUGUGUGUGUGUGUGUGUGUGUGUGUGUGUGUGUGUGUGUGUGUGAGACAUGUGCGCAUGUGUGUGGCUGGGGGGUAUUUGCAAUACCAAGCUGUUCCCUGGCGGGAAGUUCAGUUAUUGCUAGGCAGUUUUGACCCAUAGAGUGCUCCUUCUAUAAAGCUGAAAUUGACCCCACUCUUACCCACCUAUUGGCUACGUCUUCACCAGGGAAAGUGGGAAGUCAGCCAUCCCUUUUUACAGUAAAUCAAGGUCAGGAAGUAAGAAACUUACCAAAAAGACAGGAAUCAGGGUAGAGACAUACUGCAUUAGAUGUGUUUUGUGUAUAUUCUGCUGGCAGAAUCGUCCCGAAAAUGACUGGUUAUUGCCCACACUCCUCAUUGACCCUACCCCAUCACAUGCUAAGAGUAGUCUUGAGUAGAAGAAAGCUGUGUUUAGAUGUGUGAUAAUGUGAAACAGGAAAGGAGCUAUGUACCAAGGCUUAUUUCUUGAAUGGGUGGUUUCCCCCUCAAAUUUCCUUCUUAUCCGUGAGCUGUAAUAACUGGUGUUGUCUCUGAGACAGGAGCGUUUAACUAAAAAGUUAAUGUGCUUGUGGUUCUUUGAUCUUGUGGUUCCUGAGUUGCUUCUGAAACCUUCAUAGAAUGCUCCAGCCUCAAAACUACUUUCUUCAUAGUAUGAGCAUUUGUUGGAGGAGGCAAUCUGGUGUAAGCCAAGCGCCAGGACACACGUAGGUGGUCUUACCUGGUCUUUUACCCAGUUUGCUUCCCGAAGCCUUACUGAGCGACUUCAGGUAGAUCACCUUUCUGGGCCUUAGCUUCCUGACGUACAGGAUGAGGAUCAUGGUUCCUGACCUCUGGUUUGUGCAAACCAAGGAUGACAGUGACAGGCGACUCCCAUUUCUGUCACUCUGGAACUGCAGGUGCAGUUGCUAUCAACAGGGUGACGUGACCACUGUGGCUGGAGACUGUCAUGUGCCAUCCCGAUUUGGCGCAGAAGGAGAAGUCUUGAGAAGCACAGGCCCAGGCCUGAAUGUCACCAAUGUAGAUACUGAGAGAACCACUAUGUAAAAACAUUUUAGAUUUUUACCAGAAAAGUCCAUACGGCCGAGUAUAAUUAAAAAUGAAAACAAAACUCAAA